AUAUCGUGACGGGAUGGCAGAUUGGAGAGGUAGCGGAUAGAGUGCGGAGGUUGCGGAGAUUGGGCGAUUCGCUUGGCCGGAAAUGAGUCGCGACUCGCGAUCACCGUUGUCGGGCUCUUGGUGUUUUACCUUGUUUGGCAGGCCGUGCGCACUGUCACUCUUUUUGUUUCCUUUCGUCGCUAAUGGUAGAGGUAGAGUUGGCGCUGCGCUUCAUUGGCUGCCCACGUUCUUGUAUAGUCUGCGGCACGGGCCUCGAACAUGUGGAUCCGAGCAGAUCAGUAGAGAAACUGGAUUUUUGCUAUUGGCUGGGAGCGUGGACAUUUUUCCUAGAACGGCAUGGUUGUCGUGUGAAAUCGAAACAGAUCUUUGUGUCACAGCGUCAAUCGGCCGCUGCGGGUUGUUGAGCCAAUGGGUCUCGAUCGACGCAUGUGGGCUGUUGGGGCUCUGUAUUUUGCAGAUGGGAUAGCGAGUCUCCCAAUCAGCUUCCUCCUGACGAAAUCCAAAUUGUAGCGAUACAGGAGGUGGUUCAUACGGUAUAUUGGUAUCUCUCAUAGACCUAAUUAGCC